AUGUACCGCAAAAGAUCUUUUGCUGUGGAAGAACACCACAGCUCGAGCGAAGACGAAGACAUUGAGGACGAUGAAGAGGUAUCAGAACCCGAAGACUUGCCCAACGAAGGCACCUCGGAUGCGCGUCAAAAGGGCAAAGGAAAGGCGGGGUAUCGUGCAGAGGAGAGCCAAAUUAUUGUAGAAACGGCUUUCGACGCGUAUUUCUCGUACAACAAACCUGGGCGAGUGCAAACUUCAUCCAAUGUUUAUUCUCAACUCGUAUUACCCCUGAGCCCUGAAGAAUAUGCAGAGUCUAUCGGUACAAAAUCCAAGGGAGUGGAUUCCAUCCAACCAAGCAUACUGCACGAGAGCAACCGGAAUGUAGUUUUCUCUCGUUAUAUGUGCGAACUCAAUGAAGGUUUCAACAUCCUUUGUUAUGGCAUAGGGUCGAAAAGACGCAUCCUGAACCAAUUCGCGACCAAUUCCUGUUCAAAGAGAGGACAUGUGGUCGUCGGGAAUGGCUUCCAACCUGAUUUUACAAUGAAAGACCUACUUAACGCUAUCGAAAAUAUCCCCCCAAUUCAAGAACUGGACCUUCCUUCUACUGCUAUCGACAAACAAGCACGCAGAAUCCACGACUUUUUCGCGGACCCUGACCAAAAGCAACAUUUGUACAUCAUAAUUCACAACAUCGACGCAUCCCCCCUCCGCAACCAAAAGUCCAAGUCAAUUCUUUCUCUGCUUGCCCAUAACCCCCGCAUACACAUCAUCGCCUCUAUCGACCACAUCAAUGCGCCUCUCCUUUGGUCUUCCUCCGAAGUGUAUGCAAGAAAACCAGACAAUACUGGCAGCAUUCCUUCCCGUGGAUUCUCGUGGCUCUGGCAUGACCUCACCACUCUCGUUUCUUACGACUUUGAGCUCGCGUUUGCCGAUCGUUCAUCGCUGGCUGGUGCACACACAGGCGGCGCACGCCGCAAGACAGACACUCUCGCUGCCCAAAAUGCCACCGCUAUGAGCGAAACCGCUGCCUCCCACAUUCUGGCAUCCGUGACCCAGAAGGCCCAGAAACUGUUCACUCUGCUCGGUGACCGGCAGCUGGAGGCCAUCGAUAAUUCUGCUGACAGCGGUUCGAACGAUCUGCAGCAAUUCGGGAUGGCUUAUGAUACCCUGUUCCAUGCGGCGAGAGAUAACUUUAUUGCAACUAGUGACACUGCUCUCCGUGCAUUGCUGGGAGAGUUCAGGGAUCACAGUCUUGUUGUGAGUGCACAAGCCACGACGGGCGGGGGAGAGGUUCUCUGGAUACCAAUGAGGAAGGAGCGGCUUGCGAAUGUACUUAGGGCACUAAACCCUACGUAG